AUUAUUAUUUAAAUAAAUUUAAUGGUAUUUAAUUUGGGAGGGAGUGAAAAAUCUGCCUCUCCACUCCAUCACUGCGCUGUUUAUAACUCCCCCACACACUUCUCUUUCCAUUCGCACAUCUCCUCCGUCUUGUCAAUUCUCACCAGGAAAAAGUACAUAACAGGAGAUCGUGUAUUGAGACCAAGAAAAAUUUGGGAUGAUGAAGCGUGGACAUAGUGCUGGGGGUGGGCAGAGUUCCUUGGGGUACCUCUUUGGAGGUGGUGGAGAGGCGGCUCCUCCUAAAACCGCUCCAGCAGCACCAGUUGUCGAGAAGAACCCUCCUGCGGAUAAGGUUCCCAACAAUCCCUCUGCACCGGCUGCUGCUCCAAAGGUCACUCCAGCUCCCACGGAUAACCUUAAACAAGUUCCUGCUGGUAUUCAGAGUACCAAUGCGAACAACUACAUUCGCGCAGAUGGUCAAAACUGUGGCAACUUCCUUACUGAUAGGCGAUCAACCAAGGUUCAAGCUGCACCAGGUGGUGGCUCUUCCCUUGGUUAUCUAUUUGGUGGUGCAGACAAUAAGAGCUGAAGAACACGAGUUUCUUGUGAGAGUACUACUCUCUCUCUCUCUUAUCUCUUUGCCCAUCAAUCAAGAAUAUAAGUGUUUUGAAUAUCUGAAUUCUGAACUUGAGUAAAAACAAAUGUAAUGCUUUUGGUUCAUUGGGUGUUGUAUUUGAUGCAUUUUGUAAUUGAUUUCAAGUGUGAGAUUGAUAAAUGUUGUUGCAUUGUUGAAACUUGUUCCUUCUUGGCGUAUUCUCUAAUUCCAUUGGCAUUUUGAUGAAUGCUCACAAGUCUAAAGGACAAUAACCUUUGUGAGUGUAU